CUGUAGAUCGCCCUAUUUUAGGAAAUUGGUGAGUCAUAGUGAGGGUGGGUAAAACCGUCAUCACGGGCAAAACCGGAACCCAAGAAUGCGACGGGAAAUUUCAUGACUAACUUUCACUUCCCUCCGGAAUAGAUUCAAAGUUCGUUAUAUAGUGAAUAUUUUGACUCAUGGAUUUCUUCUAGGUCACGUUGGUAGGAAAUGCAAAGCAAACAAAAAAGUUGAAAUGCCCAGACUCCCCUGAUGUGUAAUGGUUCGCUCCAGGUACUGCAUUCUUGAAGCACCUUCAGAGGUAGAUUCACGUGCAGAGCAGGUGGACAGGUGUUUGAGGCCCUCAGGCAUCCGCGCAAACGUUUGAAAUGUUUUCUGACGAAACUCUAGAUGCCAUCGAGUUCAAGUCGUCAUGGAAGAAAGAAAGGCGUGUUCGUGACAGCAGCACCCAGACCAGUGAGAUCAUCACCAAUGAUGUGGCAGCUCAGAGCAUAGACAGGCACGAAAUAGAGGUCCAGACAGAUGAGGUGUAUGAAAAAGCAACACCAUACCGCUUCGUCAACGAUAAGUCACAAGAGCUGAAAGAUUUUCUGGAGAGAGUAGAACCUAUGCUACAUGAACAACUGGAGAAGAACUUACACAGCCAUGCAUUUGAUGGUUAUGAUGUAAACUGGCAUGAAGAAACCAAAACAGUGACCUGUGUCCACACAUUGAGUCAUGCAGACUUAGAGCCUGGACUGAAUGUGACAGGUCUCUCCUGGAACUCUACUGGCUCCACAGUAGCUGUCUCAUACGGCAGGUUUGACCAUGAAGACUGGUGCACACACAAAUCCCUCCUCUGUACCUGGAAUGUGGACAGGAAAAACAUCAACCCAAAAAAGGCAGAUGUUGCUGUGGAUGUUUCUAGCUGUCUGAUGUGUGUGGCGUUCCACCCCGAGGUCCCAGCAUUCAUUGCAGGGGGAACUUUCAAUGGCGAGGUACAGUUGUGGGACCUGAGUCAGCCUGACAACCCCUUUCUGGCAUCAUCAGGCAUUGAAGACGACUCUCACAGGGAUCCUGUGUCAAGGGUCGUCUGGGUUCUUGAUCCUGAGGGCAAAGGCAAAAACAAAUACAAGCUUGUCAGUAUCAGUGGAGAUGGGAAGAUCCUUGUGUGGCAGGCUUCUCCACAGACAAAGGAAAUCAAACUAUUGGAUGGGUUCCUCCUGUUAGCAGAAAGCAUGCCUAGAAGUAUGAGGAAAGGCAGGUUGAGGCCUGAUGCAGAGAUGGGAGUGACUGCUAUCUCCUACACCCAUGAAGACAAGACACUAUUUGUUGUAGGAUCAGAAGGAGGCGGUGUCUUCAAGUGUUCCAUGAAUUCAUCUGAUCGUGUUGCUGCUACUCAUAUCCAGUUGUCAGUCCCCUUGAAGAACCCUGUUUCCUUUGCGUUCACCCCACACGUGGGCCCGGUGUACGCUGUGGAGUGUUCUCCCUACCACAGGAACCUGUUCCUGACUUGUGGUAUAGACCAGACAGCCAGGGUCUACAGUAUGUUACAGGCCAAGCCAGUCCUAGAGCUGGAGCCGGCAGCAGGGUACAUCUUCUCGGCGCGAUGGUCGCCGGUCAGACCGUCCGUCUUCGCAGUGGUGACGGGGGAGGGGCAGCUUCUAAUCUACGACCUUGUGGUUCACAAGGUCAACCCUGUCUGCACGCUGGAAGCUGGGUCCGACAAGAAGCCAGUCUACACUCUGGAGUUCAACCUGCACAAUCGUCAGCUGUUGGCCACAGGUGAUGAGUUAGGUGAUGUCCGUGUGUGGCAGCUGAACGAUGACCUGACCAUCCAGGACCCAGGAGAGGAGACAGUACUGGCAGAUCUGGCUGACUCUGCACUGGAGUAGUCAUCAUGUAGAGGGAUGGGAUUUUCCGAGCCAUUAGAUGAAUUACCAUAAUGUAAAAAAUUGGCGGCUUAGUAAGGCCGGGCUUUUUGCGGAAACAAAAAAUAGAAACAUAUACGUAGAAACACAAAUAAGUGCCCAUGACUUAUCUCUUUACAUCUUGUGUAGUCUUUUUGUUCCCAAAAGCUGCCCCACUGGCCCCGGUCUGGAAAUGUGAUGUAGGCCUUAGAGGGAUGGCAAGGAUUUUUCAGACUUUAAAUGAAACU